AUGACUGGCAAGCGCAAGAGGACACGCUUUGCCCACGGGCCCAGCAUGCACGCGAGCCUCAAGGCUCAAGUCGAUCCGGCCCUCAAGAAGCUCAGCGAUCUUUUGCCUGUCACCACGGGACACCUCGUGCGCGAGCGUGUGGGCGCCACCUAUGCAGCCAUCUUCGAAAAGACAGGCACGCUCAAGCCCGCAUCUGAUCAUGCCGCAUGCUUUCAGCUCAAUCAAGUAGCCAAUCAGCUCACGGAUUGCCUCAGAGCCCGCGACGAUGGCCAAAACACUCAGCGUGCUCGCCUCUGUGCCGCCGUUGUCUUUGGCCACCUGUGCACAAGCCUAUCUCGCUCCAUGACUUCCUUCGCGAACGAUGUCGUUCCCGUUAUGCUGCGAACCCUGCGUGCAGCAGACGAUUUAACCAAGCGCGUGUAUCUGCGUUCGCUCAACAACGUCUUCAUCGGCUUGGCCUCGGCCGCAGAUGUGUUUGCCAAAGACACCUACAAAGCCGCAAAACAAUGUCUGCAGGACAAAGACCCAUACGUCCGUUCCGAAGCGGCCGGGCUGGUUGCCAGCAUGAGUCUUCAGUCAGGCUAUGUGCACCAGAAUGACUUUGACGGUGCUUUGACUUUACUUUGCCGCGCUGCCGAGGGGGCCAACCAGCACGUUCGCCUUAGCUUGAGUCGCACGCUAGCCACGCUCUGCCAGCGUGCCUUAGACCCCAACACAUAUGCCGGCGCCCGUUCGUCGCGCCGGGUUGACUUGCCCAUGCUCAUGGACGUCAUCAACACUCUCUUUGUUCGUGCGGCCAGCACUAGCCAGCCUGAGUUCCGGGCCACGCUCAGUAUUGGCUUGACUCUGUUCCUACAAGGCAUGGGUGGUACCUGGCUCGAAGCUCGCUGCGCAGAGCUCUGUGCACUGCUGCUAGCCGUCUUUGACAACGCCAAGACCAUGCCCACUCCUACGUCAGCUCUCCACUUACGUCGGGCCAUCCACUUUGUGAUUGUGGACGCCUUGGGCCGUCGCUUGGGCCAAAAGGGCCGCUCUGACACUUUGAUGGCGCUCAAGAGCUACGUCGAGGGCAAAGUCGCUCAAAUCUCGGCUCAAGCCAGCGCCACGAGCUUGCCUGCGCUGACCAACUCGGGGCUGGAUAACCCAGGCCUGGCCUGCGCCUUGGAGGCCAUGGGCGACCUCAUUGUCAUCCUAGGUCAUGCGGUGGCCCAAUCCUAUGAGCAACUCGUCACACCCUUGCUUGAGGCUUCUAUCAGCCCCUGCACCGCCUCUCGGGCUGCCACAGCCAGAUGCGUGCGGGCCUUGCUUGAGGUGGUGCCAGCCCGCGCUGCGCAACUAGCCAAACAAUGCGUUACGCGAGUGGAACAGUUCAGAAGUCAACCAACUGCCUUUCAGGGUGCUGCGCUAUGCCUCGGUGCGGGCCUAUGUGGCAGCAGUGCCGCCUCCCUCGGUUUACCGCAAGAGCUCUGUUCCAUAGUCUACAACAUGGCUACCAAAUUUGUUUUGGCGGCCAAGGACGCCGAGGGACCCAAGGCCAAGCCCUCGGUCGUAUACAAAGUGGAAGCGGGCUGGUAUCUUCUGUCCAGCCUCAUGUCCAUGGGCAGUGCAGCCAUCAGUCAGCACUUGGCCGACCUUGUCAAGUAUUGGCAUGGCAGCCUCAAGGUGUUGGAGAAGAUUGAGGCCAAGGCCGACGAGCUUUCGGCCCUCGUCUGGGUUGAGACUCGCUCUGGACUUGCACAUCUUCUCCACAUGUUUCUUCGCCACUGCACCUCGCUGGUGACCGUGGAUGCUCAGCGCACUGUGGCCCAGCUGUAUGUGCGCAUGGCUGAGCAAGUCUUGGCUCUUCCCAAGUUUGCAGCGCGAGUACAGCAGCGAGUGGAGGGUAACCUGCAGCGCCUGCGCGCUCGUCUGUACGAGGGCCUGAGUCUACUGCCACUGUCCAUGUUUGAGGAUUCCUUCUCCAGAUUACUUCUCCUUCUCGUGGCAGAUAUCACGCUGGCCGAAACGCCCGCCAGUACUGCUACCAACACAUUGCUGCCCGGCCUCUGCCACCGCGAUGACCACGACCUCAUGGACCUACCUGCCGAAAGUGACUACAACGUCAUUGAACAUCAGCUCCAGGCUGUCUUGGGCAAUGGCAUUGAAGCCAUUGAGUUUGACCUGACGCACCUCGUUCGACCUGAUUGUGCCGUGCAGGACACCGCCCCCUUCCCCACUGACGUAUCCGUUGUGAAUGCGGCUGUCGUGCUGUUUGGUCAAUUGUUUCCCGUUCUCGGCGCGCAUAAGCACCGUUUUCAGCUUUUUGAACAUUUCCAAAAAGCCAUGGCUGCCGUCAAGCCCGGCCCACAACGGACGGCCGUUGCCCUCAACAUUUUUGCAGCCGUCUUGAGCGGGUUGCGGGCUUUUGCUGCCCUUCGCAAAAAGCUUGGCAAAGAAAAGGUCAUCAAAGCCGGGUUGGAUCUCGUGUUCAGCUCGUUGCAGUCUGAGGAGAGUGCCUUGCGCAGCGCUGCGGCAGAAGCGAUGGGGCGUCUUGCACAGCUCGGAAAUGAAAAACUCAUUGCCAUUGAAAUUCCACGCGUGUUGGAGCUGCUGUCCAAGGAAAAGAAUCUGAUCACUGUGACUGGUCUGAUUGGCGCCAUCACAUGCAUGCAUCGCUACGGCGGCUCACUCAAUACCAGCGCUUAUGUGUCACGUACUGUACAAAUCAUGACCACAUGGACCCGCGAUCAGAAUUCAGUAGCCGCUGUGUGGGCCAUGCGGUCGUUAGCCACGCUAAUCGACGCUGCCGGCUACGAGUAUCGUCCCAUGCAAGAGGCAACCUUUGAUCUUUGUGCGCAAGUGAUCUUGGGUGAUGCAGCCAUUGACGUGCAAGCUGGAGCAGGUGCAGCCAUCAAUGCCCUCAUCACGUCGAGCGGGCCAGAGCUGCAGGUGCUUGAUGAGUACCGUUCGUACCUGCAAGUGUUGCUGCGCGAAAUGCUCAAUGCCACAGCACCGCCCAUCCAGUUGGCAGCCCUCAAUGCCUUCCAGCAAAUGACCGUCUUUACGCCUCAGCAUGUUGCCAUCGUUGAGCUCGUACCGGUCUUACAGCGCGAACUAGCAUCUGAGCACUUGCAACUGCGGCAUGCGGCCGUGGUCAUCCUGAAGCAACUCGCCCAGCGGGAGGCUGCACAGGUCCUCAAGGCGGGUUCGGAUCUGGAUAAGCAUCUCUUCCGUAUGAUGGACGGGGAGGACGAUACGCGGAUGCAGGAAGAUGUGCGGCAGGUCAUUCAGGAGCUGCUUGCUGCUCUCGCUGCUGAGCACCCGAGUCAUUGGUUGCUAUUGUGCAACUCGGUUCUCUCGGGCGCCACUGAAAAAGAAUCUCAGGAUACUGUGCAAGCUGACCCCAUUGUGUGUGUGUGUGUGUGUGUGUGUGUGUGUGCCAGUUCCUAUCAAGCACAGCCCGAGGAGGAUGAGGAUGAGGACGCGGCCCGCGUGCAUGUUGCUACGACCGCACGCACUGUGCUGCCAACACGGUGGCAGACCAAGGUGUUUGCUGUCAACUGCGUCAAACGCAUCAUCCAGGUUUGCGUGGAGGCUACUAGUACGGACGCGGUCAACCCACACCUCGAUCAGGCCGCAGCGACGCAGGCCGGUGGGGAUUAUCUCGUUUUGCGCUUGAGCGAGAUUAUUCGCACGGCCUUCAUUGCGGCUAGUGCAACGGUCGACCAGCUCCGACAGGUGGGCCUGGAAACGCUGGAGCGCAUCAUCACGGCGUUUGCUGCUGCGACGGACGUUGAACUGGGUCCUGGUCACGCGCUGCUGGAGCAGUACCAAGCUCAAGUUACGUCCGCCCUCCGUCCAGCAUUUGGGGAGGAUGUCUCUCCGUUGGUCAAGUACACUGCCUGCCAAGUGUGCGCGUCAUGGAUUGCGAGUGGCAUCAGCCCCGACUUGGACCGACUUGUCGGCUUGCUUCGCAAGUGUCUCGAUACUUUUGAAGAGCCUCCUCUGUCCAGCUACAAUGAGCGAGCUACGACCAUGUUCAGGCUGGGGGUGCUCAAGGCAUUUGCCACAGUGUACUUGGCAAGUCAGGCUGAUACGUCCAAGGCCGCUGCCCUCAACAAGGAGGUGGCGCCGCUUCAGGCACGUCUGGGUGAUGGAUGGCAGGCUGCGUUGCAAGACUACGCCAUGGUGUGUCUGCCGCCAGAGUACAGCAAUCAGGUGCCAAAGAGUGGGGCUUUCUAUUUUGAGGGCACUCGGUCAACGGUCCGGGGUUACUACGAAGCCGUGCAUGUGGAUCUAGCGCUGGCAGCCGCCGAAGUGGUGCUGCUGGAGGAUGAGGGCCGUCCCACGCCCAGCUUUUACGUGCUUCUGGGCAUCCUUGUCAAAGACGCUGCUUCGCACCAGGGUGAGGUGGACCUGGGCGUUACCUGCCAGGCUUUGAGCACCACGCUGCGGCGCUGUCCAAGCGUGGUACGGGAGGAUGCCGUAGUGGCUGAACUGCGCGUGCUGCUGCAGACUUUGCUGGUCACGCGUGCGCUGACGCCGCAAUACUCGGUGCCCAAUCUUGUGCGGCACAUCUUGGUGGCCUGGGAGGGUUUGGUGCAGCCAGACGGUCCGGCGGACACGGUGGCUCAGCUCAGUGCCCUCACUUUCCGCCUCAUGCUCGACGUGAUUGGGACGGAGAUGGAAUUGGGCAAGCGGGUGAUUCCCUUGCUUGAAGCUUUGAUGCAGCGCUCUGAAAUUCCAGUCACGGUGCGCCAACAAGCCCUGAAGACGCUUCUAACCUCCCUACGUGCAGAUGAAACGGAUGCGGCCAAAAGCGCCUUGCUCUUGGCCCUUUUCAAGACUGUGCAGCACAGUGCUGAGCUUUUCAGCGGCACAGAUAUGGCAAGUCUGUUGGGGGAGGAGAUUGAGGCUGACAUUGCGUCGGCAGACAAAUGGCCCAAGACGGCCUUGAUUGCCAGCAAAUUGGGGUGCACGUUGCUGGAGGCUGAACACCGGAAAGUCUUGGGCGCAGCCUGCUCACGAGCGGUGGUGCAGGAUGCCGUCACGUCAGCUAUGGCGCUGGGACUACCACUGUUGAUUGCGUUGCUUCAAGAUGGCGCUGUAGCGCCGCCUAUGGCCAGCGUACAUCAACAUGCACUAGCGGCUGUCAAGGCGGUGGGUCCAGCGCAUCCUGAAGCGUUCAAGGCCGUCAUUGCGGCCACUCCUCAGCUCAAGACGCGGCUGGAGAGCGCCAUCCGACAAGGGGCGAGUCCUUGCGUUGAGUUUGUCACCGCGUUGUGGCGGGCCAAGGGCGGUGGUGAGAGCGGCGUUGCAGAGCUGAACGACUGUGCCAAGGGCAACAUGUUGCCCUUGCAAAAGGGUCAGUCGUCGCUCCAAACGACGAGCAUGGGCUUGAUCAUCCACCCCGAGCAAUUCAUACAGCGCUCCGGCCGAUGCCUCAAAAACAAAGUGAGAGAGAGAGAGAGAGAGAGAGAGAGAGAGAGAGAGAAAAGAGAGGAGAGAGAGAGAGAGAGAGAGAGAGAGAGAGAGAGGAGAGAGAGAGAGAGAGAGAGAGAGAGAGAGAGAGAGAGAGAGGUGUGUGUGUGUGUGUGCGUGUAUGCGCGGGGAGAACGGGAUCAGAGUAAGUUUGCUCGACCAGAAGAUACCAUGGAUCGUCAGUGGGCACAAAUAUUGGCGUUUCGUGCCGAACGGGCGACACGGCCGGCGCCCGAGCAUGGCCGGCCCAUUACGGAUCAGCGCGCGCGGACUGGGGCUGAUUUUGUGCUGGGGGAGGAGAUUGGGCGCGGAUCCUACUCGACCGUGCUCCAGGCCACGGAGCGGGAAAGCGGCCGCGCUUGCGCCGUCAAGGUCAUCAAUAAGAAGUUUAUCACUCGCGAGAAGAAGACGCACGAGGUCAUGCGCGAGAAGGAGGCGCUGAUUCAACUUCGCAACCCAGCUCAUGUGGUGGCCCUCCUCUUUACGUACCAAGACAGCGAUAGCCUGUGCUUUGCACUGGAGCUGUGCAACAACGGUGACCUGCAGCAACUGGUCGCGGCGCUCGGACCCCUGGCUUUGGGAGACGCCACCUUUCUUGCCCGCCAGCUGGCCGAGGCUAUUGGCUUUUGCCAUGAGCAAGGCUUUGUGCACCGGGAUGUCAAGCCUGACAACUGCCUGCUGGAUCAUCAACUCCACGUCAAGCUGACCGACUUUGCGGGCUCCAAGUCCAUCGUUGCGCACGGGCGCGGGCGCAAGUCUUCCUUUGUGGGCACACCUGAAUUCGUGCCCCCGGAAAUUCUCAACGCCAAGCCCUCCACCUACGCCUCAGACUGGUGGUCCUUCGCCUGCAGCUUCUACUUCCUUCUGACGGGGGAGCACGUCUUUGAUCAGCCCUCGCAAUACAUGAUGUUUGAGGCCAUCUGCCAAGCAGAGUACAAGCUGCCGGCGUGGCUGCCUCGCGAAGCCGCUGAGCUGAUCCGUUCUCUCUUGCAGGUGGACCCUGCAGUGCGCAUUCCAGGUACCGAAGCAGAUUCCGAGGCUGACCGCCACGGCCUUGCCUACGUGUUGGGUCUCCCUCUCUUUGCCAACCAGCCCGUCGAGCCCAACACACGGCUGCAGUUGUGCCCCACUCUUCCUGCAUCGGCCGAGCCCAUCCCGGACGCCUGGGUCAACCAUGCGGCCAAACCCACAGGCACGCGCUCGCCACGCAGUGUGGACGAGUGCCCUUACAGGUCCUUGCUACCAGCUGAAGCCCAGCUUGAAUUUUGGGACCAUGUCUGGCUCGUAACCCCCGGCGACAAGCGUGUGCUGGCCUGGCUCGUGUGCCGCGACCACCUCUACUCGGUUGACGUGGGCGACACGCUCCAGGGCAAGUCUCCGUCCCUAUACCACAUGUUGCCACUAAGCGAGGUGGUGGGUGUUGUGGCUGUCCAGCCAGAUGCUGCAGCCCAAGAGGGCGCGCACACGCCCGUGCCCCAUGUCAUUGUUCAAGCGCGUCAUCGCACCCUGAUCUUACGCCGUUUCGAGAUGGAUGAUGUCGACUUUGCCGCCCACCCAGAACACCUCAUCUAUGAAACGCACUGCUCCUGCCCCGACUUGGCGGUCGCCAUCCUCACACACCAACAGCAGUCAUAA